CAAAAUGGCCGACGCUUCCUUGUUUGCUGUCUGCUAGAAAAUUUCAUAUUAAAACCCGGUUUGUGUCCAAUUAGCGUCCCUGAUGUGACAAUUCAUGUGCAGUGACUGAUCAAAAUAAAAUUGUUUCAUCAGUUCAUCUAACUGAGAUGAUAUAUGAAUCCCUGGAAGACCGUUUUGAUCCCAUGAAAUCGGAUCAGGAGCUGUCAGGAAAAUCCUCAGUCCCUGGCCCUGGGCCUGGGCCGGCUGAAGCCAUUCAAAAUGAAAAUCAAGAUGCAGCUGGGCCUACCCAUUUUCGUCCUCCUUAUGGAUCUACAGGUGUUGUAGAAAGGCAUCAUUCUGACUACCAACAUGAUGGAUGGACUGAUUGCAGUGAAAGUGAAGCCGAGGACGGUCCUCGGUCAUCAACCGGAUCCAGGUGGCGGAAUGGGUAUGGGUACCAAGGAUCAGAAUCAUCGAGGCAUCGGGCAAGUCGCUCCAACCUCGAAAGUAUUUCUGCAGCUUCGUCGAUGUGCAAUGUUAGCCAGCUUCCUGAUAAGCAAGGUUCCAAGUGGACACACCAAUCACAAAUGUCUUUAUUGUACCAAUCAAACCAGCAACUAGCAGAUGUUCCCGAGGAAUUUCAAGAGGAGCUCACUGCCACAAUUGUUGGCCAGCAUAGAGAUAGAUUUACUAUGUACAAAGUUGUUAUUCAGUUUGAGAGUAGAGUUUGGUUUGUUCUCAGAAGAUAUUCUGACUUUGCCCUCUUGAACAAGAAGCUUCAGAAACAGUUUCCUGUGUUUCAUUUUGAAUUGCCAUCAAGAAAAAUUGACAGAAGCAAGUUCAACCAUGCAUUUAUUGACGAGAGACAACAUGCCUUGAAUGGGUACUUGAAAAACCUGUUGAUCCACCAGGAGUUUGCCCAAUGUACUCAUGUGAAGCUUUUCCUGAAGUUAGAUGACCCGCCAAAAAUACAGGCAGAUCCAGAAGCUGUUAAAAUGUUCUGUCAGGAACUGCAACAACAAAAUGACUUUCUUCACCAUCAACUUCAAGCUGCAAGAGUGGAAAUCAUAGCUCUGCGAGGAGGAAAAAUACCCUCAGGGCCGGUCGAAUUCAAACCAGUGCCACUAUCACAAAAUAAGGGGUUUGAAGAGCAACUGAAGGACUAUCAAGAUGCAUUAGGAAGUGCAAAAGAAGAGGAACAGAAAGCAAAGAGAGAACUAGAAGACUUACGGCGAGAAAUGAAGGCGGAGUCAAUAGGUGCUAAGGAGGCAAGUCAUCAAAUUCUAAUGAGGAAAGAUGACACGAUAAAAAAACAGAUGGAAAACUUUGACAAACUUCGUGUCAAUCUUGACGAGAAACUAGACGACAUGUGUAAAGAAGUUCCUGGGGGUGGCCAGGAGGGGAAUGACACCGUUGCACUAAAAAAGUUUAUCCGAGAUUGGGAAACAACGUUACAAAAUAACCAUCAAGAAACUGUCGAGGCUUUUACAGAGGAAAUAGCAGAGCUAAAAUUCCACCUCACCAAGAAAUCUGAGGUCAUCAAAGCAAAGGAUGGAGAAAUACGACAACAGAGAGACGAGAGUCAUCAGAAUAAACUCUGGUUUAGUUACGAUUCAAAACAAAAGAGGGAGAAAAUAAAAACACUUGGUGAACAAUUAAAGUCUGCUGAAAAAAGGUUUUUUUAUGCAGAGGAGCAAUAUUUCUUGGCAUUGUUUGUGGGUGCUAAAUUGAGUAUCAGCAUGUCACACCACAAGAAAUUCUCCCUCAACAAUAUUCACCCUCAGGAGAUGUUUGAAAAAGUGAGGAAUGAAGGUAUUGCCAUCAAACAUUGGGCAAACUGGAUUGCCAGAGAAAUGAAGCUCUGAUUCAUUACGCAGAUGACCUCACAGGAGACGAGCAUUAAUUUUUUGGAAAGCAAACCA